CCCAUAUUUUCACUAAACAUCACCAAGUACAUGUAUUGCAUCGUUCUCAUGAUCAUUCUCUAUUGCUCCCGAUCUUCCUAUAGCUACCAUGUCUACUGUAACGAGAUGCUGGAGUUACUCCGUAAACCAUUAUGGCAACUAAAGGCUCCAGACAGAAACCGUAGGAUAUAACCUCUUAUUUCUGAUCAGACGUCCUCUGCACCCUCUUAAUUUGGUGAUAGUUCCCCAUGACGACGUGUUAUACGUCAGUUAUGUUAAUAUGCAGCAUUAACAUUGUAUCAACGGAUUCGGAGAUGUAUCUAUAAUCAUCAAACAGCAGGAUUUGAUUGGCAGCCAUCUAAUGUUUUUUUAUCAGCAUUAUCAUUUUGAAGAAUUAUGGCGGCCGUAUUUCCGUCACGGCCAUUCUUGUCAUCCAAGGCUACAACAAUGUUCACGUUUAAUCUCAGGAAAAUGUGUUUCAUCUUCAUUGUCUUUCUGCAUUGUUUUGUAGUUUCAUCGUCAUUUAAAGUGUUCACGGAGCAAUCAGUAACAGCAGUGAAAGGGGGAAAUGUGUCCUUACCAUGCAAUUUCACGGGAAAUCCAACUAUCGUCUGGUGGUGGAGGCAUAAUUCAACAGGAGCCACAGACGACGACGCAAAACUCGUAGCCCGCGAGUACAAGGGAAAUGUAGAAGGUGUAGGAAUCGACAGGUUCAAUAUCACCAAGUCUGAGAACGACUACCGCCUGACAAUACGUAAUGUGUCUUUGCUAGACGAGACCACAUAUUCUUGCCAAGUAGAACUCGAUAAUCAUAAAGAUGAGAGGGGCUACACGAAUUUGAAUGUUAUAGCUUUGGCAAAGCCCAUGGAACCAGUCAUCAAGUUAUGUCAUGUGACAACGCCAGGACACUGCACCUACUUCAUCAACAAGGAUCCACCUGAACAUGUGAACUUAGUUUGUGAGCUCCAUCAAGUUCGACCCGCAGCAAACCUGACUUGGAUCAAGAUUGAUGGCAAACUGCGGGAAAUCCCUCCCCCGCUCGUAGAAGAACGGAGUGGGCUCUACACCGUUUCAUCUACAUUACAGAUACCCAGGUCAGAGUUCGAUCACCAAUAUAAAUGCGAAGCUAGAGGAGAAGCGGUGAAUGGGGUCUCUUCCAUGACGGCGUCUUUUGGUACUAAAGGGUUACACUGGGGAUAUAUAGUUCUCAUAAUAUUUGCGAUAGUCAUACUAGGAGUUAUAUUCACAUGGUUCUAUCACAGACGUUUUGGCAUACCCUGCUUAUCACAAGAUGGAGCAGGACCAGCAUAUCAACCCCCGGUUUACAGAGUACCUUCAACAUGUUCAAACGAAGUACAAAGUCUUCGAAGUGAAAUACGGAAGUACAGCCAUGGAUCGCUAACGGACAAGGUUCUUGCGGAGGGUAUUGCAUAUCCAAAUGCGCCGAUACGAAUGGCAAUCGUUGGUCUUACAGGUGCAGGGAAAUCUUCCUUUAUCCGGUCCUUAAAAUAUGCGUUCUCUGGUGUGUAUAGCAAAGAGAUAGAGGUCGUCGCAGGAUCAUCUGCGGGUGGAGUCACAUUGGAACCAACCUUCUAUGAAAUCACGGAUAAAAUACACAUACAAGACAACAAAGGAAUGCGUGACUUAAAUAUUAAUAAGACUAAGAAGAUAAUGACAAAUAUAAAAGAGCAAGUGAUAUCUCUCCUUAUAUUUGUUAUUCGUCCAAGUGAUGUACAAACCGAUGUUGAGGCCGUCACCAAAUUUCUCAUUAAACUAUCCAAAGCGGUGAGGACCGAGUUCGCCACCUAUCCAAUGGUUAUUGUGACGCAUCGGGACAAGAUACCAGAUCAGACCACAAAGGAAGUGAUACGCGAUAAACUCGUCAACAUGGAUAUAAUCCAAGACAAAAUCAUUUUUGUCGAGAAUUUCACAGAAAAGCCAAAAGACAAGUCCAAUAGUGAAGACUUAGUUGAAGAGUUCUUGACGACUUUAUACACAAUGCUCACAAUGGCUGAUGGCAAUCUUGUACAACAGUUGAAUAAAACACAAUCUUUAGCUGAGUAAAGAGCCAGCAUGCCUGCUGCAUCAACAACUAAGAUGGGGGAAAGUUUUAAACAUUCAAUCUUUUUUCUGUUUCUGUUUAUGGUAACUCCCGUAUGAACUCGACAGGACAGCAUUUUGCUGGUAAACGCCAAGCU